UUGCCAGUUUGUGUUUGAACAGAACACAUGUACAUGAUCUAGCUAGUGAAGGUGACAGAUAACAGUGACAUGAAUGGACGUUUAGAAAUACCCGUCUAGUCGGCUUGGAUCACAUCUACUAGUAGUUUUAUCUUUUGGGUCCUCUGUGUCACCUUCCUCGUGGUGCAUGUGCUGAUAUUGCGUGAGAGCAAGUCAAGGGAUGGUGGGCUAUGACCCACACUCCAGCAAUGUCGUGCUUAGCCCGGAGGAGGCAGCUUUGGCUGGAUCCGCGGCUGGCAUGGUGACCCGUGCUCUCAUCAGCCCCCUGGACGUCAUCAAAAUCAGAUUCCAGCUGCAGAUCGAGCAGGUGUCCUCGCGGCAGCCACAGGGCAAGUACUGGGGCCUGCUGCAGGCCAGCCGCUGCAUCUACACUGAGGAGGGCCUGCCUGCGUUCUGGAAGGGCCAUGUUCCCGCUCAGCUCCUCUCAAUCUGCUUCGGCGCAGUGCAGUUUGCCACAUUUGAGAUCCUCACGGAGACUGUGCACAAGAAUACAGAGUACAGUUGCCGGACCCCCGGGGUGCAUUUUGUGUGCGGCGGGUUAUCAGCAUGCUCGGCCACUGUUGCCUGCCAGCCAUUGGACACUCUACGCACCCGCUUUGCUGCCCAAGGAGAGCCUAAAAUAUAUCGAAAUCUUAGACAUGCUGUAUCCACCAUGUACCAGACAGAGGGGUUGUUUACAUUCUACCGUGGCCUGAUCCCAACACUAGUGGCGGUGUUCCCCUAUGCUGGCCUGCAGUUCUUCUGCUAUAAUGUGCUGAAGCGUCUCACUGAACCUCAGAACUCAGAGUCUUCGAAAGGUGGCGUCCGGAGCCUAUUAUGUGGUAGUUUGUCUGGGGUCAUCAGUAAAACAAUGACGUAUCCUUUUGACCUCUUCAAGAAGAGACUGCAGGUGGCAGGGUUUGAGGAGGCCAGGAAACCUUUUGGGCAGGUGCGGUCAUACCAGGGUUUUCUGGACUGUGUAGUACGCAUAGCCAAAGAAGAGGGAGUAAGGGGCUUCUUCAAGGGACUUUACCCUAGUCUGGUGAAGGCAGCCGUCUCAACAGGCCUCACCUUCUUCUCGUAUGAAGUCUUUGUCAAUCUCCUGAUCAGUCUGAAGGAGAACCACUGAGACUGGAGGACCGUCGAGGUUAAAGGACCUUUUGUACCUCUCAAUGGGGUGGGUUGGUGUAAGGGGCACAGGGUCACAGAACCACGCACACUGGGAAAGCGCACACUGGGAAAGCACGCACUGUGGGAAAGUGCCACGGGGUAGAUACUGACCAGAUCAGUCAUUGAUACAACAGGUGUGCCGAUAACCUGUGUCCCUUUAGUGCAACUAAAGGGACACAGGUUAUCGGCACACCUGUUGUAUCAAUGCAGCAAGGAGCAUCUAGAUAUUACAGGAUUACUACACUGUCACAUGUGUAUCCUGUCAACAUAUUAAAUAUUCUAUGAAUAUUCAGUUCCAAUUUGAUGAACAUGAAACUGUAGGUGAAAGCAGGCCUAAAGUCUCCAGUAUCUUGUCUGUCUAAAUGGAUCUGGAUUUGGUGAUGCAUCUCUAUUUGACAACCAAAUGUUUUACACAUUGUUUUGGAUAUUAUUUGGAUAUAGUUUUGGAUAGAAAUAUUGGCUAUGAAAAGUACAAAACAAUACACUGUACAUUUUCUCAUCAUGACCAGGAAAAUAAGGUUAAUAUCAUUAAUGCAUUGAAUGGCAGGAAACUGAAAUUUUAAUCAUUUGCUGAAAUUUUGAGGUUUUCUAUGAGUAUAACUACCCCUUUUCAAGUGCUCUUGUUUGAAGUGGUGUCAACAUUCUGCAUACAUUACAAGCAACAACAAUUAUUGUUUUAGUCCCUUCGUCUAUGUUUUAACUGGUUCACUUCACUUUUUUGACUGUGAACUUUCACAGACUGUGCUUGCUCUUUUUCCACAAGAUUCCACAAGCAGCCUGGAGCUUUUUUUUUAAGUGGUCUGUCAAGUGUCCAGUACCUGGAGCUCCCCCUUGUGGUACUUACUAGUGAUAACAUAUAAGAUACCAGUGCUCACUAGAAUGAGCAGUGCAAAACUACCCACUCCAUUAGAUGUGUGCUCGAUUGGUUCAGUUGUAGGUACUGACAUUGCAUUGUUAUGAUGGGUAUAACACUAGCUUUAAAGUGUCUUACUUUUGACAAAGGAAAUGUCUCAGUCGAAUUGUGAGUGUUUUUGCCAGGUGUUUUUUUUUUCAUCAGAGAGGUCACCCUCAUGGUAAAAUGCAGGUUCAGACACUGACUGUAGUCCUCAUUUGUUUACUGCAGCUGGAGCUCUAUUCUCUCCGCAAAUCAAGUCCUCAAUGUUUUAUCAUCCCACUAGUUAUUACAAGAAGUCAGAUAUUGUUGUUUGUCAUUCUGUUCUGCAGUAGUAACAUGAGAGGUGUGUUUCACAGGGGUUUUCUCUUUGACCUGUUGUCACACAAAUGUAUCCAAAGCUGUUAUGAUUGCAUUUGUUUGUCAUAUGUAGUUGCAUCAUCCCAUACCAGUCUUUUAUUUGUGUUUUUCUUUUGGCUACAUUGUUGCUGUUCUGUAAUAACAUAUUUAUAAUAAUAUUUAUGUUUUAACAUUCUCCCACAUUCAUUUUACUGUAUCAAAGCAUUUGUAUAUCAUGUCAUAUACAUAGAAUAUCAUGUAACAGGACAUAUUUUGUUAUUAAAGACAUUUUUAAAAUGA